AUGGCCAUCCGCUUGAGAAGGAUUAUCCUCCUCUCCACCGCCGCCUGCACGCUACUGGUCCUCUUCUGGGGCCUGCAGGAACGGUUCGUAGAAACAACCUACGACAGGGUGAGUAACUACCAUAGCCAAUACGGCAUCGGACCAAACCACCUCCUCAACCCGGUGUCCAGCUACAUACCCCUGCGGACGGUCGCCGCGCGGGUCUUGCCCCGGAUCCAGCAUGACUUCAAGGCAGCAGUCGCCGGCCAUGCUGCGGACGACAAAACUCGACUCGCUCGUCUUGAAAUAAUUAAGGAGGCAAUGGUCCAUUCGUGGCACGGCUACCGCCAGAAAGCCUGGCUCCACGAUGAACUCGCCCCCGUGACGGGCGGGUCCCGCAAGACAUUGGGCGGCUGGUCCGUCACGCUGGUCGACGCGCUCGACACGCUCUACCUGAUGGGCAUGACGGGCGAGUUUGACGAGGCCGUCGCGGCGGUCGCGGACAUUGACUUCACCACGGCCACGCAGCUGCCGAUCAACGUGUUUGAGACGACGAUCCGAUACCUCGGUGGUCUGAUCGGCGCGUACGAUGUGAGCGAGGGCAGGUAUCCGGUCUUGCUGGACAAGGCGAGGGAGCUGGGGGACAUGCUGUACGAGGCGUUCGACACGCAGAAUCACAUGCCGGUCACGAAGUGGUCGAAGAUCGGGCCCGGGAUAGAGGCACCCAAUGCGCAGACGUUGAUUGCAGAGCUGGGCACGCUCAGCCUCGAGUUCACGAGGCUCACGCAGUUGACUGGGGAUCCACGGUACUACGAUGCCGUGCAGCGCGUGACCGAUUGCCUGGAAAGCCAGCAGAAUCAGACACGGUUUCCGGGGUUAUUCCCCCAUAUCGUCAACGCGAGGGAUUGCCAUUUCUUCGAUGGCGUCUCCUUCUCCCUGGGCGGGUCCGCGGACUCGGUGUACGAGUACUUCCCCAAGGAGUAUCGACUACUGGGAGACGGUGCUGAACAGUAUAGAAAGCUCUACGAGAUUGCCAAGGGCCCGAUCAAACGCUCGAUCCUCUUCAGGCCAAUGACUCCGACAAACGAGGACAUUCUUCUAGCGGGCUUGGUGAAGGCCUAUAGACCUGGACACACGCAGCUGAUACCUCAAACGCAACAUCUCGCCUGUUUUGCAGGCGGCAUGUUUGCAUUGGCAGCAAAGAUAUUCAGCACGCCAGAGGAUAUGGAGACGGCCAAGAAAUUGGUCCGUGGCUGUAUCUGGGCGUAUGACCAGAUGGCAACUGGCAUCAUGCCGGAGAUGUUUCAUGCCGUUCCUUGCCCCGCGGAGCAACUCGAAUGCCCCUGGGACGAACAUCUCUGGGCGGAAGCCAUGUUUGAGCUCAACACCAAGGACGAAUCGCCCGAGGACAAACUCCUGCCGCAUGAUGUGCGUGUCCGCCAAAAGUCGCAACGCCUGCGGUUGGCAAAGGGCGUUUCCGCCAUCGCAGAUCGUCAAUACAAUCUGCGUCCAGAAGCCCUGGAGUCCAUCUUUGUCCUCUACCGUAUCACGGGUGAUGAGUCGUUGCGCGACGAUGCGUGGCACAUGUUCGAGGCAAUCAUGAAGCAGACCAGGACGGCAUAUGGCUUCUCGUGCAUCGAAGACGUCACGCUGUCGGAGUCGAAAAAGACCGACAGAAUGGAGAGUUUCUGGAUGGCGGAGACCUUGAAGUACAUGUGGUUGCUGUUCGAGGAGCCAAACGUCGUGAGUCUGGAUCGAUUUGUGUUCAACACCGAGGCACACCCGUUCCGACUGGAGACGGCGAGAUAG